AGCUCACAGAUUACUUUAUUUUGAAAUUUGACUGUAAUGGACGGCAAAGCAAACAAUGCACCGGCGAUCGGCAUCGACCUCGGAACAACUUACUCAUGUGUCGCUGUUUGGAAGCAUGAACGCAUCGAAAUCAUUCCUAAUGAUCAAGACAGAACCACACCGUCUUCUGUUGCUUUUGCUGAUGCAGAACGUCUCAUCGGCGAUGGCGCCAAGAACCAAGCGACCAUGAACCCUGCUAACACCAUAUUUGAUGCUAAGAGGUUGAUUGGAAGGAGAUUCAGUGAUUCCAAAGUGCAGGAUGACAUGAAAUUGUGGCCAUUUAGGGUCAUACAAGGGCCUGUCCAUACACCAAAGAUUGUUGUCACCUACAAAGGUGAAGAGAAGGAAUUUUUGGCUGAAGAAAUUUCAUCGAUGAUUCUUGGGAAGAUGAAAGAAACCGCUGAGGCAUACCUUGGAAAAGUUGUAAAAGAUGCUGUGAUAACGGUUCCGGCUUACUUUAACGAUUCACAACGCCAAGCAACAAAGGAUGCUGGAGCUAUUGCUGGACUUAAUGUCAUGCGAAUCAUCAAUGAGCCAACAGCAGCUGCAAUUGCUUAUGGUCUAGACAAUAAGUCUGACAUUAAUGGCAAGAUCAACGUGCUUGUCUUUGAUCUAGGUGGUGGGACUUUUGAUGUAUCUAUAUUGACCAUUGCCAAAGGGGAUACGAUUGAGGUGAAAGCUGUUUGUGGUGACACUCAUUUGGGAGGUGAGGAUUUUGAUAACCGCAUGGUGGAUUAUUGUGCUCGGGAGUUCAGGAGGAGAUCGAACAAGGAUUUGACCGGGAACAAAAGAGCAUUGGGGAGGUUGAGAUUUGCUUGUGAGAAAGCAAAAAGGAUUCUCUCAUGUAGUACUCAGACUUCAAUUGAACUAGAUGGCUUGCAUGAGGCCAUUGAUUUCUCCAUGAAAUUCAGUCGAGCUAAAUUUGAAGAGCUCAACAUGAGUUUCUUUAGUAAAUGUAUUGAGAUUGUGGAGGAAUGUUUAAGGGAAGCGAAGAUGGAGAAAUCAUGUGUAAAUAAGGUAAUUCUUGUUGGUGGCUCAACUAGAAUCCCAAAGGUCCAGUGUAUGUUGGAGGAACUCUUUGGCAGGAAGGAGCUGUGCAAGAGCUUGAACCCUGAUGAGGCAGUUGCAUAUGGUGCAGCUGUUAUGGCUGCAAAGUUAAGUGGAGAAUUAUUUAGUGUUGUGAUCCCACGAAACACUCCAAUACCUACAAAGCAAUCAAAAUAUUUUUUUACAAGUGAGGACAACCAAACUUGGGUAGAUGUUAACGUGUAUCAAGGUGAGCGAACCAGAUCUACAGAUAACCAUUUGUUGGGGACGUUCAUGAUUUCUGAAAUACCACCCGCUCCAAAAGGAGUUAUAAAAUUUAUGGACACCUUUGAAAUAGAUGAGAAUGGUAUCCUCACAGUCACGUCGGAGAUAAUAUUAACCGGUAAGACAGAGAAACUAACUAUUACUAACAAAAAUGGAAGACUUUCAAAGAAACAGAUCGAGAAGAUGGUAAAAGAUGCUGAGAAGUACAAACAAGAGGACCAAGAAUACAAGAAGAAAGCAGAUGCGUUUAAUGCAUUGGAGGAUUGCAUAUACAACAUGAAGAAUAAGAUAAAAAGUAUGAAGAAAAGUAGGAAGUUGAGGAAAAUGGAGGAUGCCAUUGUUGACACGGCCAAUUGGAUCAAGCACAACCAAGCUGCAUCUGUUGAUGAGGUUCAACGCAUGAAGGAAGAUCUCGAGACUAUAUGCAAGUGA